AUGCUAGUAUUUUUCUGCUGGCGCACUUAUCAGGGGCGGACUGUCCAAUACCGUCGAAGCCGAAGACUGUCCACCACAGAAGGGGGAGGUAACCCAAUUCAAAUUUGCGGUAGCUCAACUAACGAAGAGAGCCAGCUGGAGCACCACAAUCCUCACCUUUCCGAUUCUGCUGCUGCUGAGGAAUAUCCGUUGCCACUCAAAAAGAGGUUGUUGGCACGGGUGGUUGAAGCUGGUACAGGUGGGGGUGAACGUAAUCCCCAUAACCAAGGGCACCAGCAGCAUCACCAUGGAAGCGGUGAAGUCCAGGUCAACUAUUUUCCACCUCAGACGUUCCCAAUGCGGGAUCAGGUUGCCCAUGCAACAUUUUCGGUUCCCAAUUUACUGUCUUCAUCGCACUUGCGGACGCCGCCUGUGCUAGAUCCAGCAACAGGCCUGUCGAAUCUCCCCCUUCGCCAGCAUCGUGCUGGACAGGUUGAUUCAGGCAAAAGGUAUAAAACCCCCAAGAAAUCCCGACAGCUGAAGAGCCAGAUACGGCGGACGCCGCGGCAGCUGCAGCAAGAGCGGCGUCACCGCCAGCAGGUGCACCUGCGGCAACACGACGACACGAGCGACCCGAAUCAACAGCAGCACUUGCACUGGGGGCACGUGGGUUGGCAGAAGCAGCCGGAGCAGCUCCAGCCUUUGCUUAAACGGAAGAAGCACCCCCCGGCUUUGCCUCAACAAGAUCAGCGGCAGGUAAUACAAACUCAGAAGCAGCAGCAGGCAACGGAAGCGAGAGAACAGCAACUGGAGCAAACGAAGAGCAAGCGAGGACAGCAAGAGAAACCACAGCAGCCACAGGACCUCUUGCAGCCUGCAGAUACGGCAACGCGAUAUUUGCUGGAAGAUAAAUGGGUUGCCCCGGAGUUUUCAAGUCCGCAGGCCCCUCAGCCCAGCACCUCUCAACAAGUGUUGCAGUUUUCUGCUGCUAAAGCAUCAGAAAGUCCCUCCACUUCCGCGAGCUCUAGCGUGCAGGUCAUUUCGGGUUUUCCACUAGAUCUUGGCGCUCAUGCUUCUACAGCUGGUGGAGGGGAUUCACGGGAUGGAGCAGCUGCAGCACCCGCAGAACAGGCUGCUGCAGCGAAGGUCGAAUCUUGUUGUGACCUGUCCUCCUCUGGUGCAACGGCGCCAAUUGGGGAGGACAUGAUCAUGACGGUACCUGGGUCUUCUAGUUCAUUGAUUCUUGACACAACUACAGAUGCAAAUAAAGCGGCAGCUGCCGUUGGGAAAGCGGCAGCUGCUGCAGUUUCAACGGGAGCAAGCUCCUCCAUGCCCAUAUAUGUGCCGAGCCCGUCAAUCACUAAGCUGCUAGGAACGCAGACUGCUGACCAUGAAAGAAAACGCCCCUUUGUGAGUCUGCCGAAGCGAAUCAAGGACACAUCUUCGGAUUCGAUUUCGGUUGAAUUUGAGCGCGCCGUGACAAGCCGGCGUAUACCGUGCAGCGCAUGGGCUUCGUUGCAUAAGGCCCACAAGCUGCUGUCGCAGGAAGUUUUGGUCGACACUCACAUGAUGGAGUUAGCUCAAAUAGCAGAAGAUCUAGUAGGGAACGCAAUGCAUUUCCAGGGACAAGACUUGUCGCAACAUCAGACCUACCGUGCAGUUGAACGCUUAGCGAUCCGUUUCAUGCUGCUGGACGUUGUGGUUUCCACCUUGAUGAUUCUCGAGCAGAAACCAGACCCUGGCCAAUGGAAACGUUUUGCAGAGGCCAUUAGCGACGCCGCCCCCGAUCCUGCCACAACGGCAAACUACACGCAGCGAGCGCUUUUUUCCUUAUCUCUGGCUCAGGAGCUGGGUAGGGGAAUACGAAUACUGAAAACGGGAAAGAGGCCGCAUCCAGAUGAACUCGUGAAGAUCAGGCGAAUGCUGUUCUGUUCCCCUUUAUCUCCUGCGCGUUUCAGAGAACGGGAUUUCGAUCACUGGAGGUUGGAAGACGGAACAGCCCCUGCUUGGUCUUAG